AUGUUCCAUAAGGUAACAUGGCUGAAAGACCUGAAGCGGCGAGCUCGCUUGGACGAGCGCACAUUCGUGCAAGCAAUCACGUACUGUGGCAAGGGUCCGGAGUGGCAGCGUGCUCUGCAUUUGCUAGAAGUCAUGAAUGAAAAUGGCUUGGAAGUGCGAGCGGCGGCAUGCACUGCAGCCAUCUGGGCCUGCAGCCGCCAGAAAGAGGCCCACUGUCGAGACGCAGCCCUGGAGCUCUAUGAGCAAAUGAAGGCAUGGGGCAUCAGACCAUACGACAGCACCUGCGCAGCGCUCGCAGCAUGCGAGCACGAUUGGCCUCGGGCUUUGGGCCGUGUUGUACAAAUGAGAGCUGACGGACUUGUGCGAUUACCACGUGCACAUGUGACUGCAGCAAACGUUUGCGAAUCCAUGACAGCGAGUUGGACACUGUCACUGGAGGUGCUGGAAGCAGCACGCCAGUCGACCAACAUGUUACUUGAAGCGGCUGUAAGUCUGCCAGAGUCGUUUCCAACUCAAACGUCCGCAUUCUGUCGCGGCCGGCAUUGGAGCUCUGCAAUUAGUUUCCAUCUCGAAGCAAAGCGGCAACAACUUGCGCUGUCUUUGGAUGUGUACAAUAAACUUCUCGGAGCCUACAGCUUGCGUAGCAGCUGGCAGGACGUCUUGGAUCUCAUGGCUGAGAUCUAUGACCAGGAGUUAACACCAAAUGCUGACAGCUACGAAGCAGCCUUGAAGUGCUGCAGUGAUGCAUCACAGUGGCAGUGGGUCGUGCAGCUCUAUGAAGAGUUGAACUUGUACAACUUGCCCACAAGCCGGGUCCAAGCACUGGCGGCGCACGCCUGCCGGCAGCUGGGUGUUCAGCGCAUCCCAGCACUGGCCCAGCCAUCGGUGAAAACAUGGAUGUCCAUGCAUUUCCUAGUUGCCAGCAUUUGCCAGCCUAACUCGCUUGCACAGCAACCUCACCAACCCGCUUUUGUGGCCGUAGCUCUCCGAUCCUUGAUCAUGGAGAUGGACGCCUCUGAAGGGGCAUCCGAAGCUCCCAGACUUUGGCCUCACGCAGCACGCAUCUUGGAGGCUGUUGCCGAUUCCGUGAAGCCUGGGAAGUUCAUGAAACGUGAUGCAGUGGCACGUCUGUUGGCUGUUGCCCAGUACUAUCCCAAUCAGCUGGAGGGUGUGCUUGCGACAGCGGUGCUGGCAGUUCUUCGGAGCAUGGAGGUUGCAGGAAGUCAGGUGUUUGGAGCUCAACCCGUACUGGACCUUUUGGCAGAGGCAACCGUGCAAUCAAGAUCCUUGCUCGUCCUGGACACCUUGCUGGGGCUGUUUGAUGGCCAUGCCCCGAGAGCAAAGCUGGUGCGACAAUGCUGUGUCGCUCUCCUUCACAGGAUGCUGGAGAUCGCACCGGCAAGGGACGGAAAACGGUUGGAACGAAUGUUUCUUGCUUUGGCGGCCGACAAAGUACUCUGUGUGAGAGGCUUGACGAUCCCCGCCUUAGCAUCCCUCGGAACAAGGGCAGCUGUCGCCGCACUGGUUGAGAUGGCAUGCAGCGAUCUUGUGUGCAAGAUGCGGCUCGAUGCCCUCGUCCACCUUAAAGUGCUUCAGGAAAAUCAAGCACUGGUCUUGGAGCAGCAUUUGACAGAGAUGCUUCUUGAGCGGUCCAUGGACGUUUCUUCGCGGGUGCGAUGCAGCUUGUUCAAUCUGUUGGAGCAACUGCGUCCGAUGACUUCUCCAAAGCUUUGCAGUUUGCUUCGGCAAGGCCUGGCUGACACGGAUGCAAGCGUCCGCCGAGAGUGCGAGUCCAUGCUGCAGUCCUGGUUUUCACGGGUUGCACCCACAGAUGGCAAUGCAAAUACUACAUUAUCUUGCAUGUUGAAGCUCAUCAAUGUCUUCUUAGCCGUGCCGGCCAAGCAAUCGGAGCCUUUGGUGGAGGCCAUCUUGCGAAGGCUACUGGGUUCUGAGGAGUGGGGGUCGAUGGCAGAGCCAGAGCAGGCUGUUCAGCUCCUCCUGCACGGCGAGAGGACUCUGGACACAGCACAGGUCAUGCUUGGUCGCAUUGUCGUCUCCAUGGAUCCGCAGAGGUGGAAUCUUAGUGGAGCCCUGAAGGGUUCCUUGUUGCUUCGCAAAACCUUGGAGGCAUUGGACGCUGGGAACGGUUCCACACUUCGUCAGCUUCUCAUGGUGCUCCUUCAUGCCCGCGUGCAUGAUGAGGUGGCAGCAAAAACCCUGUUACAAAUGGCAACUGCCACGCUCCUGCGCUGUCCACUUGACAAUCCCUCCACAAAGCAACCACGUGCCACGGCUUUUGCAGAAGACCGUGUGCAACAAGUGACCUUGGAUCCUUUCCGGUUGGCCAUCCUGCUGGCUCGGCGAUCACUGCAGUCGCCCGUGUCUCAAGGGCGGGCAUGUCAGCGAAGUAAGGCGCAAGUGGAGUCGGAUUUGUCAGAGACCAUCCAGACGGUACUUCGCGUGCUCGGCACGAAGGUCAAGGCCAGUUUUCCAGAGUCUGGGCUCGACGAUAGCAGUGGCUUGGCAGAAAUCACAAAAUGCAUUGCAGCACACCAAUCGUAUGCCCUGGCGGUAGAGGAGAGAAUUCAAGAACUGGGCGCGAAAUGUGAGCAGCUCACUAAUGCUCGCGACUUCGCUGCAGCAUACCCCUUAAGACAGGAAGUAGAACAGCUACGGCAGCAGCGGGAGGAAGCAGAGUGCAAGGCAGAAACUGCCUGUGGUACGCUCGGGCGUCACCUCGUCCGCAUCCUUCACGUGGCUGAGGCAUUUCUGUCAUAUACGGAGGCGGAGCUUGAGGAUGAUUUUCCUUUGUUCCUUCUUUUGGACGAUGUGUUGCGGCCGGCGCUCUUGCUAAUUGACUCUGUGCCGGUUUGUUUGGGUGCGGUUUGUUGGCCGGCCUUACGAGCACAAGCUAUCCGCUGCAUCGCUUUGCAUGCAUCCCUCUCCAUGGAAACUGCUUGGCAGCACCAAUUCUUUUUUCAUUCGGUGCUCGGGCAGUACAUUCCGGAAGUGCUGUCAUCUGUUCGUCCAGACGUUGAUGUUGCAGCUGCGGUAGAGGACAUCGUGCUGACAUCCUUGUCAUUCCUGAUCGAUACACUCUUGCUCCACGAUACAAGCUCUUGCAACACAGAGAACGGCAAGCAGGGCAGUCACAUCCAGGACGCUUCUCUCGCAAUUUGCGAGCGGGCAGCCCCCCUCCUCGCAGGCGAUAAUCUGAGUUGCUGGCUGCGCGAAGCUCUGGCUUCGCGAUUCUGUACCUUUCUCCUCUUCCAAGGCAUUCAAAGCACGUCGCCGGCACACUGUUGGGUGGCCUCGUGGUUGUUGCAAAAUGCGUUUGCUGAAGAUGAUACCAUCCAACCCUGUCGUUUGGAGGCUGCCGUGCUGAGUGGGCGCCUGCUGAGAUUCUUUGCGUCGCUGCGGCAAAUCUCCUUCUGCCACUUGGAGGUGCUUGCUAUUGCUGCGAAGGGCUUCUUGAUAUUCGACCGGUGGCAACUCAAAGACCCAUCCUCGGCUCUACAGCACCCAACCAUGAUGCUGCCCCGCAUGGCACGAUUUGUGAGCAGGGAGCUGUCACGUGCAGAAGGAGCUCCUGUCGAAGCAUCGGAAUGGUGGCUUCAUUGUCUUUGGCGGCCGUUGGCCCUUCUUUGCCUGGAAAGAGCAGCGCUUGGAGUUUAUGGAGAUGCGAAUCUUCUGUGCACACUGCCGCAGGCACUUCUUGCCGCCUUGUCUGGAACUGACGACUCAGCCAUCAACUUCACGUUUGCCCCAGAACACCGCCGAAUGGCCAUGAUGUCCGAGGCGGCCUGGGUCUUGAACCGCUUUGCCGAGCUGUGGGGUUCCUGGAAUAGGAAGUCAAACCGUUGUUCACGCGAAGGUGUUGCCAAAGGUCUUCCCCAAGCUUUGCUGGAGCUGAGAUCACGCCUCGUCUUGCUUUGUUCAAGUUCCCAGUCAGUCGAGUCGGAGCCGCAGGACUGGCUGGGGGUCUACACUGCUGCCGCGCAGGAGCGGGCGAGGCUGCGGCAUGAGAUUGAGAAGCUUGGAGCAAUGGCAGCUCCUGAUGGGAGUCUGGCAGGCAGACGAGCCAAGCGUCAACGAACCGACAGCACAAUCUCUCUGAAAAGUGCAGGUGACGUGAUUGAAGACAUCCUAGACUAA